GUCUGGACUCCUGGAUGCUGUCCUGGCAUCACUUCCUGCCUCUGCAGCAGCUCCUGCUGCCCACCAUCAGCACCUGCUGGCUUCUUCCCUUCCCACGGUGGCCUCUGGGGCUCCUGCUGUCACCCUGGAGACACAGAGUGAGUCGCCUUCUCCCCCUGCACAGCCCAUGUCCACAGGAGCCUCCCCAGCACAGCCCAGGGCUUCCAGCCCUGCAGGUCCCACCGUGACUGGGAUGGGCUCCACAGCCCCUGGUGUCACCCCAGAGCUUGGACAGAUGUUUGUGACGGGAGAAUUCAGGACAGCAUCAGUGGGAGCCGUUCCCACUCCAGCAGGAGCUCCAGGGCCCAGCCCUGCCAGCCCAGGCUCCGUGCCUGCCCCCUGCUCCACGGACCCAGCUCUGCAGCGUGGCUCUGAGCCUGGGUACCUCACUGCCACCAGCAGCAAUGUGACCUCUCCAUCCUGCCUGCUGAGCUCUCCUGGGGCUGGGCAUGCAGCCAGCUCCCUGCCCAGCUCCCAGAGCCUGGCUGUGCCCACAGCCCUGACCCUCCGUGUCCAUGCCGUGUCCAGUGGCUCCAGCGCUUCCCAGAACUCCUCCACAGCCACGGAGCAGCUCCCUGCAGCCACCAGAGAGGCCUCCAGCCCAGCUGAGCUGAUGACAAAGGGCAGACCUGGCUCCACAGGGACAAACCCCCCUGCAUCCCACCCCUGCAGCCUGCCCUUGCCCACCCAGCCUGUGCACGUGCUGCCCCUUCAAUUCCGGCUGCUGGGCAUCGCCUACGCCCCGGCUCUGGGCAGCAGGAAUUCCCUGAGCUACCGGCAGCUGGAGGGAGAUGUGACACUGAUGCUCAACCAGAUGCUGUCCAGCUACGAGAGCUUCCUGCAGGCAAAUGUCCUCGAGUUCAUGAAUGGCUCAGUGGUGGUGAGAGGGGAGGUUCUGUUCCGGGGGGAUGCUCCUGCUCCCACCAACUCCCACCUGAUCCGCACAGUGGUCACAGAGGCAAGCAAGGGAAGGAGCAUCUUCAGCUGGCAGCUGGAGCCCCAGUCUCUCCAGUCUGCUGGCUUCAGCCUGGAGAACCUGGACCCAGAGAAGCUGUCCAUCUCCCUCACUGGCUCCCAGCUUGGGGUGGACAGGAUGGAUCUUCUGGAGAGGCUGGUCAGAGAGGUAACUGCAUCUGUCAGUGGCCUCUAUCACGUGAGGAACUUCACCAUCUCCCAGCUCAGGAACCUGGGUGUGAACACUGAGAUCACUGGAGACCUCUACCUAGACACAGUUGUCCAUGCUGACGUUACGGAGGUCCUGGAAGCCCUGACUGCACUCUCAGGCCUCUCCAUGGACCUGAGCUCCAUCUCUGUGGAGGGGUCCAAGCUGGGUCUGCUCGUGUACCCUCUGUCCUUUGUCGUCACCAACAGACCCUUCAGCCAGAAGCUUCAGGAUCCUCUCUCUGCAGAGCACCACAAUCUCUCUAGGGACCUUGGUGAUGCGGUGGCCAGAGCCCUGAGGGAUUACCCAUCCUUCCUGAUAGCCAUCAUCAAAGAAUUCCUGCCUGGCUCCUUGCUCUGCCAUGGGAACAUGAUCUUCCGGCACCCCGCUCCAACCAGCGUGCAGGUGCUGAAGACCCUCGUGCGCUCGGUGGGGCCAAACCAGGCUCUGGCUGGCUCUGACAUCCAUGUGGAUCCAUUCUCUCUCUCUGUGGGAGAGAGGCUCAGGUGUCUUGGCUGCUGA